AUUUCGGCUGCUCAGACUUGCUCUGGCCUUCGCAGUCCGCGCCCAGCGACGUGCGGGCAGCCCCAAACCUCAAUCUGCACCCCGCAGAGUCGCCCCGGCCCCAUCCCUGCGUUGCAGUCACCGCUCGCUGCGCGCCACCCCCAUGCCCGCCGGUCGCCCGGGCCCCGCCGCCCAAUCCGCGCGGCGGCCGCCGAGGCCGCUGUCCUCGCUGUGGUCGCCUCUGUUGCUCUGUGUUCUCGGGGUGCCUCGGGGAGGAUCGGGAGCCCACACAGCUGUGAUCAGCCCCCAGGACCCCACUCUCCUCAUCGGCUCUUCCCUGCAAGCUACCUGCUCUAUACACGGAGACACACCUGGGGCCACCGCUGAGGGUCUCUACUGGACCCUCAAUGGGCGCCGCCUGCCCUCCGAGCUGUCCCACCUACUUAACACCUCUACCCUGGCCCUGGCCCUGGCCAACCUCAAUGGGUCCAGGCAGCAGUCAGGGGACAACCUAGUGUGUCACGCCCAGGAUGGCAGCAUUCUGGCUGGUUCCUGCCUCUAUGUUGGCCUCCCCCCUGAGAAACCCUUCAACAUCAGCUGCUGGUCUCGGAACAUGAAGGAUCUCACCUGCCGCUGGACACCGGGCACACGUGGGGAGACAUUCUUACACACCAACUAUUCUCUCAAGUACAAGCUGAGGUGGUAUGGUCAGGACAACACAUGUGAGGAAUACCACACUGUGGGUCCUCAUUCCUGCCACAUCCCCAAAGACCUGGCCCUCUUCACUCCCUAUGAGAUCUGGGUGGAAGCCACCAAUCGCCUGGGCUCAGCUCGAUCUGACGUGCUCACACUGGACGUCCUGGACGUGGUGACCAGGCCUGCUCCACCUCCAGUGACCACGGACCCCCCACCCGAUGUGCAUGUGAGCCGUGUUGGGGGCCUAGAGGACCAGCUGAGCGUCCGCUGGGUUUCACCACCUGCCCUCAAGGACUUCCUCUUCCAAGCCAAGUACCAGAUCCGCUACCGCGUGGAGGACAGCGUGGACUGGAAGGUGGUGGAUGAUGUCAGCAACCAGACCUCCUGCCGCCUUGCGGGCCUGAAGCCCGGUACUGUAUACUUUGUCCAAGUGCGUUGUAACCCAUUCGGGAUCUACGGGUCGAAAAAGGCGGGAAUCUGGAGCGAGUGGAGCCACCCCACAGCUGCCUCCACCCCUCGAAGUGAGCGCCCGGGCCCGGGCGGCGGGGUGUGCGAGCCGCGGGGCGGCGAGCCCAGCUCGGGCCCGGUGCGGCGCGAGCUCAAGCAGUUCCUCGGCUGGCUGAAGAAGCAUGCAUACUGCUCGAACCUCAGCUUCCGCCUCUACGACCAGUGGCGUGCUUGGAUGCAGAAGUCACACAAGACUCGAAACCAGCACAGGACGAGGGGAUCCUGCCCUCGGGCAGACGGGGCACGGCGAGAGGUCCUGCCGGAUAAACUAUAAGGACAAGCCAUCCUCCUGCAGCUUGCAGAGCCGGAGGCUUUCCCCAACCUGGGCCCCUGUGGACUGUCACUUCGGGGGAACCAGAGAAACAAGGGCUGGGGCAGUGAGCUCCCACAGCCACAGACAUGGUCAGCAUGAUGGUCAACCUUGGGUGUUUCCCAAUGUGGGUAGGGUUUGAGCGAUGACUUUGGUUACCAGGGCCCUCUAAGAGUCUCUUUAAAUAAAUGAGCUGUUCAGGCCUGC